AUGGCAACCGACUUCAUAAUGCCCCGGCUGCCAGACCAGCAGCAGCCCUACGGCGCUCACUUCUACCCGCACCUCGCCCAGCAGACGACCCAGUACACGCCGCAAGUCCACAGCAACGGGCCAUCGCCGGCGCAUUCGCGGUCGCAUUCGCAGACCCAGACCCAGGCCCAGACUCAGGCCCAGACACAAUCCCAGCCACAGUCACAGUCACAAUCGCCAACCCAGUCACAGCACCAGCAGCCGCUGGGGACCAACAGCCGCCAGAUCUCGCCCCUCAGCACCUCCAACACGCCAUCGCCGACCUCUCCCAAGUCCUACCACGGCCGACAACUGCGCCCGCUGUACAUCCCUGCCGUGCUGCGGCCGACAGACUACCCUUCCAAGAAGACGCCCACCACCAAGAAGAGCGACGACCAGGACGAUGAUAGCCUCAAGGCCAGCAGCAGCUGGUCGAGUCUCACCGGUCUGGGUGCCUUUGGUCGGCUAAGCCGGCGCUCGACAGGCGACAGUGGCAAAUGCGUCGACGGCGACUGGAACCUGGACCACUUCCCUAAGCCCACCGCAGAACCUACCCGCGAACACUGGAAGCCUGACACCGAGUCCGCCAUUUGCGAUGAGCCGUCCUGCAUGCGCCACUUCAACUACUGGACGCGCCGACACCACUGCCGCAAAUGCGGCAACAUCUUCUGCGACACCCACUCUGCGUUCGACGUGCCGUUGGACCAGGAUGCAAACUACAAUCCCAGAGGCACCGUCAGCCGCGCUUGCUCCCACUGCCACACCGAGUUCCAGUUCUGGCGCAGCCGAACCAACAGCCAGGCAUCCAGCGACGACUCUUCGACCCGCGGUGCGCAGACUGCACCCGCGAGCCCCGUCGGGACCAGCACACCCACUGCUGCCAAGAAAGGUCAAGCAGAGGUAGCGGCCAGUGUCCCUAGGGAUUGGAACUGGAGCACCUUCUAG